UGGUGUGGCGGGGUUCGUCGGAGCAUAGAGCUCCCGAUAAGAUGUCAAGACUCUAUCAGAAUGGGAAUAACAACAACUAUAUCAAAGUACAGAAGGAAACCACGUACUCUAAGGAUUACAAAAGUGUCUACAACUCACUGUGUUACAUUCUUCCCGGAUUCUGUGCGGUGGUUUGCUAUGCGAAUAGUUUGACAGGAGAUUUUGUUCAUGAUGAUGUUAUGGCGAUAAGAAAUAAUGGUGAUGUGUUGCAGAGGACUUCACUGUCUCAGCUUUUCUCGAAUGAUUUCUGGGGGAAGCUGAUGUCGGAUAAUACUAGCCACAAAUCCUACAGGCCGCUAUGCACGCUCACAUUUAGGUUCAACCAUAUGUUGUUUGGUCUCAGUCCUGUAGCCUUCCAUGCGACCAACAUACUCCUCCAUACUCUGGCCACCAUACUCUUUACUUAUGUAUGCAAGAAUGUGAUAAACUUUCAACAGAAGUCGGCCACACUGGCAGGAUUACUAUUUGCUGUCCAUCCGAUUCAUACUGAAGCGGUGUCGGGGAUUGUCGGCCGAGCAGACGUCUUAGCCUGCAUCUUCUUCCUUCUGUCUUUCAUCUCAUAUGUUCAUUCUAUCGGACCAGUGUGGCCAGGUUGCACCCCCUACACCAGGAAGCCUUCCCUUCUAGUGCUGAGCGUCCUUCUUGCUGCCUGUGCCAUGCUAGUCAAGGAACAUGGCCUGACUGCCCUCGGGAUGUGUGUCGUCUACGAUGGUUACAUUCAAUUUCAAGUGGGAAGCAGUAAUUGUAUUUCCCAUUCCAAUGGCAAUGGCUACCAUCACGUGAAGAGAUCGGAUAAACCACAUCAUCCAUUUCUCAAGAGGAUCAUCACUAUUUGCCUUUCUCUAAUCAUUCUGGCAGGGUUCCGAAUCUGGAUGUUAGGCGGCCAGCUUCCACACUUCUCCGCUCAGGAUAACCCUGCUUCCUUUUGCCCGGAGUUCCUAACCAGAAUCAUGACAUACCUUUAUCUGCUGGUGUUCAACACGUGGCUUCUCCUAUUUCCCAGCAUCCUCAGCUAUGACUGGCAAUUCAACAGUAUUCCAUUGGUUGAGUCCAUCACUGAUGUCAGAAACCUAUCAACCGUUUUGUUUAUUGUUUCCAUGGUGCUAUACACAAUUCACUGCCUCUUUGUCACCAAGGACUCGAGUCAAAGGCGCCAAAUCCUUGGGCUUUGUCUUAUUGUGAUUCCCUUCCUGCCAGCAUCAAACCUAUUCAUCAGAGUCGGCUUUGUGGUCGCUGAGAGAAUACUGUACAUUCCAAGUAUGGGUUAUUGCAUCCUCGUUAUCCAUGGCUACGACUCCCUCUCUUUCAAGUUCCGACGGAAACGUUUAUUGGACAGUGCCUUCUUCUUCCUGCUGCUGCUGCUGGGCUUCAGAACUGUGAUUAGAAAUCAGGUUUGGCUGACUAGGGAAAGCUUAUUUAGGUCUGGUUUAGAGACUUUGCCAAACAACCCCAAGAUGCAUUACAACUUUGCCAAUUUUCUAAAAGACACUGCAAAGUUUGAGGAAGCAAUUCAUCACUACAGAAUGACGCUUAGUUUAUAUCCUGACCACGCAAGUGCCCAUAACAACCUUGGAACUCUCCUGGAUGAUGAUAUAGUGGGGGCUGAGAAACAUUAUCGCGAAGCGAUCCGAAUCACGCCAACUCACUCUAACGCCCAUUACAAUCUUGGCACUUUGCUGCACCAAAAAGGUUAUCUGGAAGAAUCCCUCCAUAUGCUACAACAAGCGAUUGAACUCAACCCGGGAUACACGCAAGCCCAGACGUAUCUCGCCUCGGUUCUCGGAGAACUCGAUGCCGGUUCAGAAGCAGAGCAUAUGUACCGCGCUGUGAUUGAUAACAAGCCUGAUGACGCUGAUAGCUACAAUAAUCUUGGUGCCUACCUCCAUAAGAAGGACCGGUUAGAAGAGGCUGAGGCGAUGUAUAAGAAGUCGCUCUCCCUUAGGCCGGACCAUGUGGUGGUCAUCAUCAAUUUGGCCAGACUUGCCAAGUCGCUGAACCGAUUCAAGGAGGCUGAGGCUUAUUAUCUCCGAGCUGUAGAAGUAAGAAGGGAUGCCAUUACCCUGGAUAACUUGGCUGUAUUUUAUUUCAAUGUUGGAAAGCCAGAUCAGGCUUCGGUGCUAUUUCAAGAGGCGCUGCAAAAAUAUCCUGAUAGCUUGGACGUCAAGAUGCACUAUGCUUCCACCUUAGCUAGUUUAUAUGAACCAAGUACUGCUGAAAAACUGCUGAAAGAAGUCCUAGAACAUAGACCAGAGAGUAUUGAGGCAUUGAAGAAUCUUGCUAUCGUCUAUGGGCUCAUGAAAAGACAUCAAGAGGCGCUGGUUAUUCUUGACAAAGCCAUCAAAGUUAUAGCUAAUAGGGAUGGAGAUAAAGCAACACUAGUUGGCCUUUACCAGGACAAGGGCAACCAUCUGAAAGAUUCCAAGGAAUUCAAACUGGCUAUCACGACGUAUGAAGAGCUGGAGAAAUUAGAUCCUGGUCAAUUCCAAACCCAUCUCAACUUGGGAGUACUCUACCACAUGGAGGAUAACUUAGAGAAAGCCCAGCAUCAUUACACAGCAGCUCAGAAGAUACAGCCAAACGAUAAACUGCUUUUACAGAAUAUCGAGAAACUGAGAAAACGACAACAACAGUUGAAACAAAUGAAAGGAAAUCGAACAGAACGAUGACAGUGGGCAAAACAUAGGACUUCACCUUUCUUACUAGUCAUAUGAGGGCACCACUACUUGGCUGAACCGGUACUUGGUAAUAGUGUACCACCUGCUGGCUGUUAAAUUUUAUUGAAUCAGGUACCUUGUACCAAAGAAAGGAGCAAACUGUAUUUUCUGGCUGAGUUACUCCCAAGAAGUUAGAGGUGUUACUCUAGCACAAAAGGUCAACUCUUUUCUAUGUAACGUAUUAUUAUUACUUCAACAGUCGUCAAUCUGAUAUUCACACGUUCCAAUUUUUUUGGACAACCUUCCUAGUUCCCAAGCGAUACCUCCACUAUACACACUUCAUUCAAAAUGAUAACACAGUUGAUUAAAUAUGUGAUAUUAACAUGAUGCCAGUUAAAGCAACUUAAGGGAAUUGAUCCUAUAUCAAGCUGAUGAAUAUUACCCCCUUAUUUAAAAUUUCAUACUCGGUAUUAAAACACUGACGCCAAAAACCUGAAAAAGACGUGAUUUCACGUGUAACUUAUUUAUUCAUUCAGUGUACUGCUAUUAUAAAACGAACAAAUGAUGCAACAUCAUUCAAAAUAAUGUCUGUUUUAACCCUUUAACUGCCACCAUCGCCGAAUUGUAACAAGUGCCUAUGUGUUAUUCACCAUUGAGUUUCAUAUACAAGAUUGUCCCCUCUACUGAUAGGUGGCGUGCAGGUGAUGGUUUCUAUGGUGGUUUCGAGGAAGUCUGUUUCAAGCUAGCCUUUCAAAAACAGCUUCAGCAGUUAAAGGGUUAAAUACUGGCGUUUAAUGACUGAAGAUCAAUGCAAUUCCUGUCUCUAUCAGCUCAAUAGCUCAGGACAAGUCUCCCUAAUCCAUGUAUUUUCAUCUUCUCACAAACAUUCACAGAGGAUUUGGAACUCGCUGUGAUUUCACACGCAAAGAUUUAGUCUCAUUUUUGUAUUGCAGCUGGUUAAACUAUCAAACAGACAUGGACCACCUGAAAAUCUAAACUGCUUAUCUUAAUUCCUUUUCAUGCGUUUAUGAACAAAAAUUAACCAUUUCUGUCUCAAUACCACUAAUGAAAUAUAUGUUGAAUAAUCUUACAGGUUACCCCUAGAAGCUCUUGUUGUAUUGACCAUUAUUGUUGCACUAUUUUAUGUGCUACAGAAUCUCAAGUGAUAUCCUCUACGCCACUCUAUUUUUAUGGAAGGACUAAUAGAUGUCUCUUCUGUGACCAAAACAGUCUUUUAAACAUGACAAACUUUCCUGGGUAUUUCAUAUUUUCUAUUGGUUUCUUGUACAAGACAUUUCAGUCCAUUUCAUUUAAAUUCAUCAAAUUUGAAUUUUGAAAUUAAAUUUGAACAUGUCAUUAUACCGUGUAGACACUCUUUGGCCACUUUUGGUGCAACUGUUUUAUACAGACCUAUUGCACAUAAUAUAGGCCUUCUGCAGGGGCGGAUCCAGGAUUAUGAGAAAGGGGCGCCGAGCAUAAUAGAGCACCGUUUUUGAGCAUUUCCCUCACGAGAAAAACCUAUUUUUUUCACUUCAAAAUGAUGGUUGUUUUUGAAGGUGAAUAGCUUGAAGCGUCAUUACAUGUGGUGGAUUUGUAUGUAAUAUUUUUAUCGGUUGAAGACAGCCUCAAAGUCAACUUUAUGUUUUUUACUAACUGUAUGGCUUCCUCGUCAAAAACGCCAUAAGGACAGUCAGAAAAAUAUUCACUUUUAACUUGUUCGUAUAACUUUAAAUAUCAGAUAGUCAACUUUGUUGUAUCAACUAGUCAAUCUCAAUGUAGUCCAUUGUCUUCUCCAAAAACUAUUUCAAAAGAAAGUAAUGUGAUGACAUACAUGUACUAAGGAAAGUCACAUGCCUGUCUUAUUGCUUAUUCAACAAAUCAAGAACGUUAUACUAAUGUAUGGUUACUCACAAUAUUGAUAGAUUUCCUCUAAAGAAUCAAAUUAAUACCUAACUGUCCGAUGACCAAAGUCGCAACCAGAGAGUAACAAAAUAUUUCUUACGGAAAUUUUUUGCUUCAGAAUUUUCACCAAUGACUUUAAACAACUAACAAGGCCCACUUAGUUUUUUAUGCAUGUACAAAAUGUGUACCUAAAAACCUAUUCUAUUGAAAAUAAAAUUGUAGAUAAAUUUGAGGGUUUUAAGUAACAAGGUAUGUAUUAGCAAUUCUUGAUAAUUUGUGAAUUCACCCGAUUGAUUGUUUUAAAUUGAUUGACAUGUUGAAAUGUGACUGAUUUGUGCUCUAAUUGAUCAAAAAUGAAGAGAUUUGAUAUUAUGCAAUGCAUGAUUGGGAUGUUUGAUAUUUUGAAAUAAAAUACUUAUGUUAUGA